AUGGCGUCUCGCCGCCUGUUAUCGAUGCCGCUGUUGCGGACAGCGACCAAGGCCCCCGUGACCGUCUCCGCGACUCAGCUUCGCAAUGGCUCAUCUUCCUCUUCGACUUCCGCCCUCGCCUACAAGGCCCUCCGCCUUCGCUCCGGCCCCCUCCCCGUUGCCGAAUCGCCCACCUGGACUGCCCAGGCGGCCGUCUCUAACAUUCUCUACGAGACGCCUCUGCCGUCGACGGCUCCUCCUAAGCGCCACAUCCUCAAUUGUCUCGUAGCGAACGAACCCGGUGUCCUUUCUCGCAUAUCCGGUAUUCUUGCUGCUCGUGGCUUCAACAUCGACUCCCUCGUCGUCUGCAGCACCGAGGUCGACGACCUGUCCCGUAUGACCAUCGUCCUGCGAGGCCAUGACGCUGUCAUUGAGCAAGCUAGGAGGCAGCUCGAGGACUUGGUCCCUGUGUGGGCUGUGCUCGACUACACCAACACGGCUUUGGUGCAGAGGGAGCUUCUCCUAGCCAAGGUGAACAUACUCGGACCCGAGUACUUCGAGGAGCUGCUCGCCCAUCACCGCGAAAUUUCGGCUGCCGAACCUGCUUCUGAGGAAGCCCAUACCUCAAUUGAGCAGUCUAUCAACCAGGCUGCCAAGGAUUUCCACCCCAGCAGGCUCGCCAUGAGCGAAGCUCUCCGCCACAAGCACGAGCAUCUCAAGUCGAUCACCUACUUCACUCACCAAUUCGGAGGCAAGGUCCUCGACAUCAGCACCAACAGCUGCAUCGUCGAAGUUUCCGCCAAGCCCGACCGUAUCGACUCCUUCCUGAAGCUUAUCACCCCCUUCGGUCUCUUGGAAUCGGCCCGCACCGGCCUCAUGGCGCUGCCCAGGUCUCCUCUCCUCGACCCCAAGGAUGACGCUAUACAGAAGGAUACGGAUGAGAUUGUCGACGCUAGCCAGCUCCCCCCUGGUUAA